CAGUCUCACAUAAACAAGUUACGUUAAUGUCACGUAUUCGUUCGUUUGGAAGAAGAACAAUUUAUGUGUGUCAUUCGUAAAAUGCAUUAAAGUUGCAUUCGACGUCAGUGUAAACAUUCGCAUUUGCCUUUACUUCGUUCUUUUUUUAAAGUCUACAAAUGAUAGUAAAGAUCUAAAAUUGGAAGAAUUAUUGCAACUCCUUUGAAAUUCGUUCGAAGUGCUUCGCGAAACGGACGUGAAACAACUGUUUUCUGAGUCGUUGCGAUGGACAGCUACGAGAAAACAACAAGGAUAAUAACCGUAUUUAAUUACAUCGCUGGACUCCGCAACUUCAUUGAUCCAAGAAAGAAUCUGCUGAAAUUUAUAUGCAGCUGGAUCUGGAACAUAUUGUUGAUUUUUACAAUCUCUAUCGUCGAAUUGUAUUUUCACUUAUGUGCUUUGAAAAUGAACAUGCCAUAUAAUAUAGAGCGUGUUAUAUACGUAAUCCAAUAUUCUACGCAUGCAUUGGGAUAUACGUGUACAAUGAUUAUUGGUUUCUACCAAUCCAAGAACGUAUCGAUGUUGAUAAAGCAGAUUGACGAAGUGGACGAAAAUUUGAGAAGUUUGGGAGUUAAGAUCGAUUAUCACAAUUUAUUUCAUCGUGUGAUAAUCGUCGGAUCCAUUUGGAUAUUAAACGCAACCAUAAUAUACGGGAUUUUGCUUCAAUGCAUAGUUCAAAAAACUCCAAACUUAGAAGUGAUAUUCGUUACUAUUUGUUACACUUACAUUACGAAUGCCCAGUCAGUUAUUUUAUACGAAUACAACGCAGCCAUAUUUUGGCUUGGAUCGCGAUUUAAAAUGAUAAACGAGCUCCUAAAAACAUUGCCCUCGGAGGACAACGAAAGUAACGCUACGGAAUCCAACGAAGAAAUUAUUUUCAAACCAAGUAGUAAUUUUCGAAACCAGUUAGUAGUCGAUUGUUCGGUAUCGGCUUGUUCUUCAGAAGUCUCACAGAUAUCUUCCAUGAAAGACAUAUCAAAUUUAAAGAAAGUAUCACCGACUGAUGGAAAUCUUCGUUUACUUCAACAAAUCAGGUUCCUGCAUCUGCAAGUGUGCAACGUUUCGAAGAUGGUCAACCAAAUAUUCAACGCACAAAUCUUAAUAUAUACGUUCUCACAACUGUUAUAUUCUACUAUAAUUAUCUAUUACAUAUACAUGGAAAUCCGCCGAAAAAAUUUUAUAUACGAGUUAACUUUGAAAAUUGUAUAUCUGUUGGACAGCAUCAUUGGUGUCUUAAAAAUUGCUGUAAUGAGUAUUGAUUGCGAAUACGCAAUGAGACAGACGGACAAGAUAAUAAGCCUUAUCCACGCAUGCCCUCUGUAUCGAGAAAGCGCGGAAUUAAAACACGAGACACUUCAAUUCAUGUGGCAAAUAUCGUACACACAGCUUGAAGAUACAAAAUCAGUUCAUUAUGUAUUGAGCUACAGUUUCGUUCGUAACUGUUUCUACUUCGUAUUAACUUAUUUGGUGAUCAUGGUACAAUUGAGUCAAAAUUUGACAGUCACUGAUCAAACUACAAUCACAUACGAAACUUCCUCUGUUCAGACAGUAUUGCAAAAGAAUGCAACUAUAAUUGCAUAAUUUCCCAUGUCUUUUAAUAGUAUUUUAUCGCAAAACAGUAAAAUACGUAGGUAUUAAAUGUUAAUAAUUAAUACUAAAUACUUAACAUUAGUGUACAAUAUCACAAUUAUAAUGUUUUCUCACAAUUUUUCUUGAACA